UGUGAGGUUAUAAAACUCGUCGAGUUCCGCUUGUUUGGGCGCAGUUCAUACACGAAUCCAUAGUCGAGCUUCAGAUCUGCUCCAACCCACAACCUACAGCUCAAGAGAAUGGAGACCUUCCUAUUCACCUCUGAAUCCGUCAACGAGGGUCACCCCGACAAGCUGUGCGACCAGAUCUCUGAUGCGGUGCUCGACGCCUGUCUUGCUCAGGACCCUGACAGCAAGGUUGCCUGUGAGACAUGCACCAAGACCAACAUGGUCAUGGUCUUUGGAGAGAUCACUACCAAGGCCAACGUAGACUAUGAGAAGAUUGUCCGUGAUACAUGCCGAGCUAUUGGAUUUGUUUCUGAUGAUGUCGGUCUCGAUGCCGACAACUGCAAGGUCCUGGUCAACAUUGAGCAGCAGAGCCCUGAUAUUGCCCAGGGCGUCCACGGCCACUUCACCAAGCGCCCUGAGGAGAUUGGUGCUGGUGACCAGGGACACAUGUUCGGUUAUGCCACAGAUGAGACCCCUGAAUAUAUGCCUCUUAGCCACGUCCUUGCAACCAAGCUUGGAGCUCGCCUCACUGAAGUCAGGAAGAAUGGCACCUGCCCCUGGUUGAGACCAGAUGGUAAGACCCAAGUGACUGUUGAGUACUACAAUGACAAUGGUGCCAUGGUUCCAGUCCGUGUUCACACUGUUCUCAUCUCCACUCAACAUGAUGAGACUGUCACAAACGAUGAGAUUGCUGCUGACCUUAAGAAGCAUGUUAUCAAGCCUGUCAUCCCUGAGAAGUACCUUGAUGAGAAGACCAUCUUCCACCUUAACCCUUCAGGCCGAUUUGUCAUUGGUGGCCCUCAUGGUGAUGCAGGUCUCACUGGACGUAAAAUCAUCAUCGACACUUAUGGUGGCUGGGGAGCCCAUGGUGGUGGUGCUUUUUCUGGAAAGGACCCUACGAAGGUGGACAGGAGUGGUGCCUACAUUGUUAGGCAAGCUGCCAAGAGUAUUGUCGCCAAUGGGCUUGCUCGCAGGUGCCUCGUUCAGGUCUCUUAUGCCAUUGGUGUGCCUGAGCCUUUGUCAGUCUUUGUUGACACAUAUGGGACCGGAAAAAUUCCUGACAAGGAGAUCCUCAAGCUUGUAAAAGAGACCUUCGACUUCAGGCCUGGAAUGAUAACUAUUAACCUGGACCUCAAGAGGGGAGGCAAUGGUAGAUUUUUGAAGACUGCUGCCUAUGGACACUUCGGAAGAGAUGAUUCAGACUUUACCUGGGAGGUUGUGAAGCCCCUCAAGUGGGAGAAGCCCCAAUCUUAAGAUGCAUCUAUGAUUUACCAUGUCUAUGCUUCUUAUUGCAUGUUUUAUUGGUACUGGAUGAAUAAUUUGCGUGUUUACUUGCUGCUCUAAUCCCUUACCUAAGAUUCCCAUUUCUAUUUUCUUUUUUUUUUUUUUUUUUUUGGAUUUUGAAUUUUAUGUAAUCGUGUUAUAUACAAUGAAAAAAUGCCUGCAGAUUUCGUCCUA